AUGGACCCAACGUUUGAAUACAAUUGGACACCUUUAGAUGCAGCACCUGUAUCUCAUCCAUAUCCCACACCUAUCCCCUUGUCGCCAACUCAAGUCCCCGCCCAGGGCUUUCAGUAUAUACCUGCUCAAUCAACCUAUGGAUCAGGAAGUACGCCAAAGGUAGCCAUUCCUCGCCUAGCCAGUUCUGACGCCUUGCUACACGGGCGCCGACGAUCAGCACGGGCUUGUGAGCCUUGUCGCCAGCGCAAGAUCAAGUGUGACGGUAUCCGGCCGUUGUGCGGACAGUGUGUCUAUCACAACCACACAUGCUCCUACGAGGAUGUCAAACGAGUGCGCGAUCAAAAAAGACUAGGCUCUUUAGUCAAGCGAGUGGAUACAUACGAAGCUCUUCUUCGAGACCUAGAAGUCGAGGCAGACCCUCCCACAGCUCGAAAGAUCAAAAAAGCAUUGAAGGUAUGUCGCAAAGAUGUUGAUGACUCCGAUGAUUCCUCGACUUCUAUGGGCUCACUCGAUGCAAUUGACCAGGUUGACGAAGAUUUGGAUCAGAACGAAGACACCCGUGCCGCGGGUUUCUUCGGGAAGAAUUCAGAAGUCAACUGGAUUCGCAAACUGGAGAGCGGCGUGGGUAUGAAGAGUCCACGGGAGCAUCUAUCAAAUCAUUUCCACAAGCAGAGUCAGCGUGAUCCAGUGGCUAUUCAGCAGCUGCAGCAGUCAUUGGAAAGGCAAAUUCCCACGUCUAUGAUGGAUUAUCAUCUCGACGGAUUAGAUAUCCCGUUGAUUGAACCAUGCAACCCAUUAACAGUGCCUCCACGGGACUUGGCAGAUCGAUACUUACAUGCCUACCUGAUCAACGUCCAUCCGACAUUCAGCGCAAUUCGGAAGAUGACUUUUAUUUCUCAGUAUCAUCAAUUCUUCAACAAUGCAUCGACACCACCCCGGAAAUGGCUAGCUGUUUUGAACAUGAUCUUCGCUAUUGGUUGUCGCUACUGUCGACUUAUAGAUGAACCCCACAGCGCCGGCGAGGAGGACCUGAUCUAUCUGACGCGGGCACGCCAUCUCGGUUUGCACAGCAACGUGCUAUUCGAGCACACUGAUCUACAGCAAAUUCAACUCGAACUCCUCGUAGCAAUUUACUUGCUUUGUCUGGGCCAGGUCAACCGAGCAUCCAAAUUCUCCAACAUGGCCCUCCGCUCAGCCCUAUCCCUUGGCAUUAACCUCCGCCUAACAGACGACCGCACCAAAGAUGCCGCCAAAGAAACCCGUGGUCGCCUUUGGUGGUCCAUCUACUCCCUCGAACACCUCCUCGCCUCAAUGACCGGCCGCGCCUCCUGUGUCGGGGAAAGCCUCUGCUCCGUCCCGGCACCUCUCCCUUACGAAGAGGAAAACUUCGACCAACCUGACGCCAAGCGCCUCCUCCAAAAUCCCGCCCUCCGCGAAGCCCAACUCCGCUCCACCCUCUUCGAAUCCCCCAGCCAACGCCACUCCCCCUCAUGGGCAACAUCCUGCCUACCUUGUCCAUCUCUCUUCUUUAACUUCCUCAUCGAUUUAAACCUUAUAACCCAUGCCCUCAUGAACAAAGUCUACAGUAUCGAAGGCCUCCGAAGAGGUCCCAGCCAAGUAGAAUACUGCGUCCAAAAAUCCAGUCUUCAAAUGGACCGCUGGCUCUCAAAACUUUCCCCCUUUUACCAAUUCACCAUCCCAAAUGCCGGCCCAUGGCAUCUUAACCAUAACCAACUAGACGAUCUCUCCACCCCCUUCGUCCGCGAACGCGUCUGUCUAGCAAUGACCUACUACUCCUCCCGCAUCACCCUCUGCAGACCAUGUCUAAGCCACAUCCACCAAACCCCACGCCACGCAUCCCCAACAGGCGAGCCCACCGCGCGCGAAAAACUCCGCACCGAAAUGGCCACACAUUGCCUACAAGCUUCGCGUGCACUUAUCUCCGUCCUCCCAGAGGAACCGAAUAUGGCGUGGCUAGCCUGCACCGCGCCCUGGUGGAGUAUUCUUUAUUUUAUCAUGCAGGCAACCACUGCUCUAUUACUGGGUUUAUCGUACUGUUCUGGAACGCAUAAUUUUCGCAGCCCUGACCCCGAAAAUCCACUCCUUAGCCCUGCUACGCCGUCGCAGGCGGGGGCCUAUUCGCCGCUAUUGGAGACGGAUUUGAGUACCGCCGUUGCGGCGGCGAAGAAAGCGCUCGCUUGGCUUCAUACUACUGCUUCUGUGGACCCGGCGGCGCGUAGGGCGUUUCUGCUUUGUGAUGGGAUUGUUAGGAAGAUUGCGCCUGGGUUGAGGAUUGAUUUGAGCGAGUGGCCUGAUGGGAGUUCGUUUGAAGGGUUGAUGGAGGGGGCGGAGAGGGUGCCUAGUGGGAAUUGGAAUUGGAAUGGGAAUGGGAGUGUGAGUGGUAGUAGCGGAAACAAUGGACAUGAUAGUGGGAUGGAGGCGUUUGAGGAAUUGAUUGAUUUUGACGGUGGUGUUGGAUAG